CGUCCACCUGCUGUCUGUACGUGUCACACGUGUGUCAGUGCUUUGAACUCUUCUCACAGGAUGUUCACUGCACUGCUGGAAAUCUACACUCGCUCAGGUUUGAGUCGUGUGUUACACAAGAACCAUAUUGAAGAGUUCUGUCAUGCUCUGAGAAUAAUCAACAAAAUCAUCUGGUUCUUACCGUUUUUUCUGUUUUCAGUCAUGUAAAUCUAUGAAAAUCGCUCUGACGGUUCACAUCUAAUCAGUAAUGAUGAUCUCAGUAUGAAAUGUUUAAAGGGAGCAGCGUUGCAUUAAACUUAUCUAACGACAGCAGCUCCUGCAUCAGUGCCAGCGGAAUAACCUUCAGUAAUCUGUGUGUUAUCUGUGUAUUUUCUCGCCAUCUUGCCACCUCUCAUAUGUGCAGGUACUUUUCAUACGCGAGAGGCGUGUUCCACGUGAACACGGACACGCAAGUGAUUGUUGAGGUGAUAAAUGUUAAUGUCUGCUUCUGAUGGAGAGGCCGUCACUAAAUGGCAAGAAUAUAAAUGAGGAAAUCAGCAAGUAUUAUUUGCAUCACAUGUGCACGCUCAUUUCAGCGAUGGACAAAUGUGUGGUUCAUGGAUCUUUCCACAUUUGUCCCUUUAAUAAGUGUGUAAAUGAAUCCUUUCGUUUCCUUUUAUUUAUGUAUAUAUUAUAGUUUAGUUUGAAAGGGUACACUCAAACAAAAUGAGCCCAAAUGAGCCCAUAGCACCACCUAGUGUCCAACCAGCGCUAAUACUCAAAACCAUGAUGUCACGUCUAGUGGACAAACAUUCAGUCAUUCACUUAUGGCCUAAAAGGGCAGGAUUUGCCUGCUGGAUUUGAUUUUCUCCAUGUUUUUUGGAGGCCAGUAAACAAAUGAACACACAGUAGCAGUAGUGACUGACCACACACAUCAUUAUAAUUCAUAUAUGUGACCCUGGACCUCACAAUCAGUCAUAAGGGUCAAUUUUUUGAAAUUGAACAUCUGUGAUCUGAGGAUGCAAAAAAAUCAGAAUAUUGAGGAAAUCACCUUUAAAGUUGUCCAAAUGAAGUUCUUAGCAAUGCAUAUUACUAAUAAAAAAUUAAGUUCUGAUAUAUUUACGGUAGGAAAUUUACAAAAUAUCUUCAUGGAACUUGAUCUUUACUUAACCCUUGUGCAGCCUUUUCAGUCUUGUUUUUUUGUGAUCGUUUCGCCUGUGUUAUUGCCAGCUGCGUACAUUUUGGCACAGGUGUGUGUUUAUUUUGGAAUUUUACUAUUUCACCUCCAUCUCCUUUAAUAAGUCUAUUUUGCACUAUGUGCAAAAAAAUGUUACACUCAGCACCUUUUGGACAAAAAUGUCCCCAUUGAAACCCAUUAAAACUGCUAUUUUUAAUCACAGUGCCACUCAACUAUAAAAUUAUGCUAUUUUUGUUAAUAGACAUUCAUUCUGUUGGCAAGGCUUCAAAAUUAUAUUUCUUACCAGAUGGUGCCUUUUUCAGGUUUGGGCCAAUAAAGCAAAUACUCACUAUUUUUAUUUUUUGGCUUCUGCAUAUUAUAGAGCCAAUUGGAUAAAUAAUGCAGCUAUAAUUGUGUGGGUGUGUUGGUAUGGAUGUCAGAGUGUGGUUUGUACGUGUGUCAUAAAAAAAUUGUUUGUUGUUGUAAUAUUUGAGAGAGAAAAACUCUACUGCAAACCACAAAUCCAACCACUGUGUGCACCAGGGGAGUUUUGCUGCCAUCUUAUAGGGAAAAUCUGCUACUGUGCCCAAACAAAAUCUUAAUGAAAACUCAUUUCUUUUGAGAUAUCAACUUGUUUAGAUUAAUGGCUUUGAUUUUCUAGCAGGUUUAGAGUUCAACAUGUUUCAUAAAAUAUAUAUUUUAUAUAAAAUAUAAAAUAUGCAUUAUAUAAAAGCAUUUGCAUAAACUAUAGCCAGAUUCUGCGUCCAAGGAUUGGGUCGCCAAGGCCCCCGCCUUCGACCGCCACCCAUCCCACAAUGCACCGGUCCCAUAUGGUCCUUCCCGCAGGUGGUGGGCCCACGGGAGGGCGGCCCCACGUCGCUUUUUCGGGCAAAGCCCGGCCGGGCCCCGUGGGGUAAGGCCCGGCCACCAGACGCUCGCAUACGAGCCCCAACCCCAGGCCUGGCUCCAGGGUGGGGCCCCGGCUGCGCCAUACCGGGCGACGUCACGGACCUAUGUUCUUUUUCAGCCAUAUGGGUUUUUCCUCGGAUUCAAGAGGAACAGUGCGGUUUUCGUCCUGGUCGUGGAACAAUGGACCAGCUCUACACCCUCUUCAGGGUGCUGGAGGGUUCAUGGGAGUUUGCUCAACCAGUCCACAUGUGUUUUGUGGAUCUGGAGAAGGCAUUCGACCGUGUCCCUCGCGGUGUCCUGUGGAGGGUGCUCUGGGAGUAUGGGGUCCGGGGUCCUUUGUUAAGGGCUGUCCGGUCGCUGUAUGACCGGAGCAGGAGUCUGGUUCGCAUUGCUGGCAGUACGUCGGACCUGUUCCCGGUGCGUGUUGGACUCCGGCAAGACUGCCCUUUGUCACCGGUCCUGUUCAUUAUUUUUAUGGACAGGAUUUCUAGGCGCAGCCAGGGGCCGGAGGGGGGUCUGGUUUGGGGACCACAGGAUCUCAUCUCUGCUUUUUGCGGACGAUGUUGUCCUGUUGGCUUCCUCGAACCAGGACCUACAGCGGGCACUGGGGCGGUUUGCAGUUCAGUGUGAAGCGGCUGGGAUGGGAAUCAGCACCUCUAAGUCUGAGGUCAUGGUUCUCAGUCGGAAAAGGGUGGCUUGUCCUCUUCAGGUUGGUGGGGAGUCCCUGCUGCAGGUGGAGGAGUUUAAGUAUCUGGGGGUCUUGUUCACGAGUGAGGGAAGGAUGGAGCAGGAGAUCGACAGACGGAUCGGUGCAGCUUCUGCGGUAAUGCGGUCGCUGUACCGGUCUGUCGUGGUGAAGAAAGAGCUGAGCUGUAAGGCGAAGCUCUCGAUUUACUGGUCGAUCUACGUUCCUACUCUCACCUAUGGUCAUGAGCUUUGGGUCAUGACCGAAAGGAUAAGAUCCCGGAUACAGGCGGCCGAAAUGAGUUUUCUCCGUAGGGUGGCUGGGCGCUCCCUUAGAGAUAGGGUGAGGAGCUCGGAGUAGACCCGCUGCUCCUUCACAUCGAGAGAGGCCAGUUGAGGUGUUCCGGGCAUGUCCCACCGGGAGGAGGCCCCGGGGAAGACCCAGGACACGCUGGAGGGACUAUGUCUCUCGGCUGGCCUGGGAACGCCUCGGUGUUCCGCCGGAAGAGCUGGAGGAAGUGUCUGGGGAAAGGGAAGUCUGGGCGUCUCUGCUUAGACUGCUGCCCCCGCGACCCGGUUCCGGAUAAGCGGGUGAAAAUGGCAUUUGCAUAAACUUUUUUUUUUUUUUUUUUUAAUUUCAUUUUUUUUUUACUUUUUCUACUUCAUCAGUAAUCUGUCAUGGGUCUUUUUCAAAAUGAGACCAAACUUCAGUCUGUGCUCCCAAGCUUAACAUUUUUAUGAUAGUUUUUUGACAUGGACAUUUUUGUUCACUGUGGACCUAUGUCUAACUUUUUUUUUUUUAUUGAUGCACAAGGAUUAAUAUUCUAAUGAUUUUUGGCAUAAAAGAAAAAUGGAUCAUUAUUAUAAUACAGGGUAUUUUUGGCUAUUGCUACAAA